GACGAAACGGCACCUUUCACCACACAAGGAAAGCUGGAGAUUCGUUAACGUCUCUGGCUUCCUAAGAACAAGUGUUUUUUCCUUGUAUUUUUCCAGAUAUUUCUGCUGUUUUCGCCAGAAUGCUUUUAGAGGUAGUCUUGCUACUCGUGAGCUUGUCCGCGUGCCUGUGGGCGUGGGGCAAGUGGUGCCACGGACACUGGGCACGGCUAGGGGUGCCCUCGCCGCCCGCCCGCCCCUUCACCGGCCACUUGCACCAAGUGUUCUCCUCGACGAAGCCGGUGUGGGCGUGGCGGAAUGAGGCCUACCUUCGCCACGGCGGCCAACGCGUCUGCGGCCUCUACAACUUCCUCACGCCGCAGCUCCUCGUGGGCGACCCGGAGCUCCUCAAGGGCAUCCUCGUCAGGGACUUCGAUCACUUCAUGGACCGGAGGCAUCUCGACCUCGCUGGACCCGAAGACCAGCUGUGGAAUGACAUGUUAAACAACGCGACUGGAGACCGAUGGAAGCGUAUCCGUGCCGCUGUGACCCCCGCUUUCACUUCAAGUCGACUUAAGGGCAUGUUCCCUCUCGUGGCCGAAAAAGCUCGCGUUUUAAACCAAGUCACGAGGUCCUUGGCGAAGAAGGGGGAGAAGGUGGAAAUGAAGGGUCUGCUCGGUCGCUUCAGCAUGGACGCAACGGCCUCCUGUGGCUUCGGGAUGGAAUGUGACUCCCUGAACAGCAAGGAUAGCGAAUUCUGCAGGAUAGCGGCAAUUAUUUUCAACCCAACAAUGUGGCGUAUUAUGAAGUUAACAAGCUUCUACAUCGCGCCCCGACUGUGCCGUGCUUUGGGUAUGAGAGCGACUAGCGAGGGUCUGAUGUACUUUGCUAAGGUUGUGGCGGCAACGCUCAACAACCGCCAAGAGACAGGAGAAAACCGCGGGGAUUUUCUCGAUCUUAUGAUCGAAUCGAGAAAGAUUUCUGAUGAGACGAACCCUGGGAACCGCAAGCAUGCUCUCGACGACAUAACAGUCGUGUCUCAAGCCGUGGUUUUCCUGCUGUCUGGCUACGACAACAACGCCACGACCCUCGCCUUCUGCUGCUACUUCCUCGCCAAACACCCUCACUUGCAGGAGAAGGCCAGGGAGGAAGUCCUACGCCUUCAGCGCCUCCACCAGGGCGAAGACGACGAAGGAGAUCUCUCUUACGAAGCCGUAGCCGAAGCUAAGUUCCUGGAUGCUUGCGUGUCCGAAACGUUGCGCUUCUAUCCCAUCGAAACUGCAUUUAACCGACAGUGUGUGAAGGACUACAUGUUGGGUGACACAGGCCUGGCGGUGAAGAAGGGAACGGUGGUGGAGAUUCCCGUGUGGUCGCUGCACCGGGACCCACAGUACUGGAAGGACCCCGAAGUAUUUAGGCCAGAGCGCUUCUUGCCGGAGAACAAGCAUGAGAUCACUCCUUAUACUUACCUCCCCUUCGGUGCCGGCCCUAGGAACUGCAUUGGUCAGCGUUUCAGUUACAUGGUAAUCAAGACCGCAUUGGCCUCCCUCCUGAAGGCGGUGGUCAUGGCUCCUGCAGCGGGCCACGAAGGACCUCCGGAACUCGCCAUCAGCCCCGUGAUUCUCAGGCCAAAGAACGGGGUUUACCUGACCUUCAAACCCAUCACAGGCGCUGAGGGAGAUUAGGCAGGAUGCGUGUUAUUUCCUUUCAAUUUUUUAUGAUUUUCUGUUGGAAAGAUGUUAUUAUCACUUGUUCACUUGAUUUUUUAAUUCAUUUUUUUGCACAGCUGAUGGAAAUCUUCCGAGUCCACUCAGCAGCAAGUGAUUGAAUAAAUAAAGAUUGAUAAUGAAUAUA